AUGCAAGCGCGUCAUAUGGAGGCUGUUUGCUGCAAGGCAAGUGCAUAUCACCGCCUAUUGCGUCGAAUCACGUUUGAUUUGGACACGCAAGCCUCUCGCCUAGGAGUGUGUUUCGAACAUGCAGACCUAACGUCUGGGAUGGCUCGACGAUCGACGCAAGCAGCUAGUCGAGUGGUAGCGUCUGCCGCAGGUACGGGUACGGCGACCGUGCUGCAUACCACUUAA